AUGAUUCAUUAUAACUCUAUUUACUCCCCCUAUUUUGACACAAAUGCUGCUGAACAUAGGGACUUGCAUAUUUCCUUAUCUCGCUUAAGAUACUUGAAGGUGAAAAUGCAAGAACACUUGAAGCGGACAGUGCAAGAUGAUUCAAAUGAUUCAAAUGAUGAUUCAGAUCGUGAUAUUAAUUUUGAGACUGGAAUUUUUGUUUAUACAUCAAUCCCCGUGUUUUUGGUGGGUCUCAACAUUGGUUCACGGGAGGCUGCUCAAUUGGUUGCGUUGGAUACUGGUAGUAAUCUGUUUUGGGUUCCUUGCAAACCUGGUAUAGGCGGCAGUAGGACAUUCUAUGGAAACUAUUGGCCUGGGGAGUUUUCAACAUAUUCUGCUAAUAUGAGAAAAGAUAGCUACAUAGACAAGUUCAAUGGUGUCUUGGGGCUUGGUCCUUCAGGAAUCUCAUUAGCUUCACAACUGGAUAGUAGUGAGUUCUCUUAUUGUAUUGGAAAUUUAAGCGAUCUAUUUGAUGAAAAAAAUGUACUGAUCGUAGGGAAAAAGUCCGGAGGAGUUGAAAACUCAACUCCUCUUAUUAUUAGGGAGUUCCAUUACUAUGUAAAUCUUGAAAGCAUUAGCUUUGGGGGUAGGAUGCUCGGCAUUGACAAAAAGAAUUUGAGAAUGGAUAAUUUUAAAAAUGUUGGGGGUGCAAUUAUUGAUUUAGGUUCAAGUUUGAGUUUCCUUCAAGAUAUUGCAUACGAGAAAGUUGAACAAGGCAAUUGUUGA